UUUGCUUUUCCCGGCCCUUCCUCUUCCCUGUUUCAUCCCCUUCCCGCAUUCACAGCGCUUCUCCCAAUCCAAAUCCAAUUCUCUCUCCUCCUCCUCCGUCCUCAUGGAUUCGUAGUCUUGCUCGAAGGAAGAGGAACCAGGAAGGCAUAACAUAGAUAUCAAAGAAGGAGAUGGAGAGCUCCAACUGCAUGGGACUCAUGGUGGUCGUCGCCGUCUCCAGCAGCGUCGCCCUCGUCGUCCUCCAGAUCCACAAGCGCCUCGCCUCCGAUUUCAUCAAGAAGCUCGAAUCCGAAAUCGGUAUGUCUUCGCCACCUGUCUCUUUCUUCCUCCUCGAUUUGUGUCGUUUAGGCCACGUACAAGCAUUUAGUUUGCUCUGCAAUCGAACUUGGAUAGGUCGUGAAAGGAACAGGCCGAAGAAGAAGGUGAGGUUUGCCCCCGACGUGAUGGAGCCGUCGUCGAACAAUAAGGAGUAUCGGAGGCGUAGGAUGAUGUCGUCCCUGUAAAGUAUCGGUGGAGUUGGCCGAGAUUUUGUUGUACAAAGUAACAAAAAUACACUACUUUUUUUGUGGAAUUUUUUGUUAUAGGGCAAAUCGGAAGGAUUAGUCUGUUCUGUAUCUGAAUCCUCUUAGAUUCAUGUCCCUGUCAAUACGCCCACACCUACAUGUUGAAGGCAACAGCUUUGUGCCAUCUGCUGAAUCAUAGCUGCGACUGUGGAUUCCCUGGAUUCAAUUUCUUACCUUGGUUGUCGAACCGGAUGGCUCUAUGUAGUUUUUGAACGAAAAAGAAAAAAUCACAGAGGCCAUACAAUUAUUGUCAUGAUAGGAAUUCCAGUCCAAGAUCAUAUGGAAACAAAAUAUUUCUUGAGAGAUAUCUCCUCUUCUGAUGACAAUUCUAGGUGUUCCUUUGCUUCUCUUUCUGCUAUAGGUUUUAUAUAUACAUGGUGUUUUGGAUUGCUUGAUUGAUAUGAUAACUAUCAUUAGUCUUGUAAUGGUGAUGACUUUAAGUUUUGAUUCCUGAUGAUAGCUGUUAAGAGAGGCUAAUGUGAAGGGGAAUCAAUGGUUAUGUACACUUCUUUAAGAUAACUAAUUAUGUGCAUUGAGACAAUACCGAACUAAUGUACCUUUCCCUGUGCAUUGGUCAUAGUAGUUUGCAGAAGUCAGUUAAGCUUCAGUGACAAAAGAUGAAAGAAGUUUUAGGUGGAUGAUGUAGACCAAGAACUUAUCAAGUCUAGAAAAUUCAAAACUGUGUACCAAAGCUAAGAACAGUGAUGGUUAGGCAAAUGAAAAGUAUCAUAGUACAAAUCUAACUUGACAAGUAUGAACAUCAUUUUCUAAAGCUGACCACUGCCAUCAGUUGUUUGUCCAAAUAUAUCAAUCUCAACGCCCAUUGGAUUGCUGCAUCUUUAUUAUGACUAUAUAUAUAUAUAUAUAUAUAUAUAUAUAGAGAGAGAGAGAGAGAGAGAGAGAGAGAGAGAGAGAGAGAGAGAGAGAGAGUGUGUGUGUGUGUGCUAUUAGCAUUCUACCUAACAUUUUGCUUCUAUAUGUACUGCUAUACUAGGGUCUUAUCAUGGUAAACUGUUGGGUAAAACUAAGGAAGUCUUUUGCUAAUUUUUCUAGUUAAUGCAAUGAUUUAUGGUCGGAAUUAAAAAAAUAAUUGUCAUGAAUACUGUUGGGUAAAACUGGGGAAGUCUUUUGCUAGUUUUUCUGGUUAAUGCAAUCAUUUAUGGGAGGACGUAAGACAAUAAUUGUCAUGAAUUUACCAUAUGUAAUUUUAGGAAGAAUAUCAGUGAAUUAAUCUCUAGAAAUUAAAGGUAAUGAUUGCUGAAUCUUCCUGGUUAUAUUUUCUCUAGCAGUCUAAGUUGGAUUAAAUAUUGUAGCAAAGACUAGGACUAUAAGUAUUGUGUCUUUCAAUGAUUGUGACAGAUCAACUCAUUAUUGCAAGGUGGUUCGCAUCAUCAAAUAGAGUCAAGAAAAUGGCUAACACUGAUCUACCUUAGAUUUGCAUGAAGUUCUCUAGGCAUUUAACGUUUAAUUUCCAGAAACAUAUUGACACCCAUUUUGCUCGUAUUGAUUUGCAUCAUGAACCUAAAGAGUCAAGCAAAUGUCAGACUUAAGAGCAGUAGAACAAGCUAAUCAAACUGUUUGAGGCUUUUUACCAGACCAACAAAUAUUUCGUGAGAAGUCUGAGAUGGUGUUGGAUGUAUCGUUUUGAUGAUGAAGAGAAUAGUCAAAGCCAGGAAUCAAUUUGCCCAUAGAAUAUGGACAGAUUAUUAUAAUGGAUUUGAGAAGGAGAAGUUGAUGAAGCUAAGCAAAGCAGCUGCCUUCUGAACCGACACUCGAGAUGGAAUUACCCAGAGAGCAGGGAUUACAAGUUACAUAAAGAACACAUGUAAGGUAGAACCCCAGCCGCCCCCACCCCAAGACGACAGUCUGUAUACGGAAAUUGCUUCUCUUUCCUUGUUUCUUUCUCUUGCUGCCAAGUGUGAAUGAGUGAUUGCACUGCUGCCUCCAAGCAAGCUGCAUGGAGGAUAAGAGGAUUGAUCCAGAGGCACACCUGGUCAUCCCAAACACAUCUUGGCAUCUAUGUUUUCCUUUCUUCAGUUUGAUUGCUUUAGAUUGGUGUAAACACCGAAGAGAAAAGUUGUGUGUCGGUUUAAAAGAUGUUUGAGGGCCUGGGCGGAUGUUAGAAUAGCUCAUCCAUGUCGUAUCUCCUGCAGGUAGAUACUAGUGGCAUCAACUGAAGAACAAAUUCUUGUACCCAAACAACUAUGGAUUGUCAAAUAGAAGAUUGUAGAAAAUUGGUUUU